AUGCACAUCGCAUGUGGAAUUACCUACACCAAUGGUGCUGUGAUGCGAGCAUUAACGCAGUUGAUUAACCUCGGCUAUGGAAUUUCCUAUUCCGAGGCAAGGGAGCUGGAGCUUAACAUCGACACUAAAUCCUUUGAGGAUCUUCGUAGUUCUAGGGAAGCAACACGCUUUAACCAACAGGUUUCCGAACUUGAUCACCCUAUGGGUAUGAAAGGUGGAAUGGCAGAUGACGAUAAAUAG